GCAAGAUGGCGGGCAUUUAAAUUUCGAGAGAUUAUUUAAAUGCCGGAGAUUCAACUGUGAAUCAUCUGUUUACCCUCGUAAUGGGUUUUAAUUAAUACCUAACAAAUUCACUGGAAAUAAUUUAUAAUAAACGUGUCAAUGUUGAUAAUUCAAGGAAUUUCAUGUACGGAUUUUAUUAGUGUUUAAAUAUUUUGCAGGUUGAGGUUAUGUGACAGUCAAUUUUCAAUUGUUAACGCUUAAAAAAUAAGGAGAAGUAAUAAAUAAAUUAAAAAAGUCUUGAUUCUCAUUGACAAGUUUGAAAGAAAUUAAAAUCGAGUGAAAAUAACUGGCACGUGGGAAAGUUCAAGAUUAGCAAACGACUGGAUUCAAUAAAAAUUAUUAAUACUGGAGCAGUGAAUUACUGCAUGAUUUUCACUCCAGAAAUUAUGUGAACUAAACGAUGAAAAAGUCUUGAGAUGAUCCCCCCACCGGACCCUUGCAGUCAGCAGUGUCUGAGGAUGAUCUCCAGGAUAAAACUAAAACACGUCCUUCUGCUUCUGGUGACUCUUUUCCUGCUGGACGUCUUCGGAGCCUUUACCCACGUCUUCGAGCUUUCCUACGACAAAUACUUCAAGUACCCCUACGAGGGUGACAUCCACGGCUUCAUCGACUCAAUAAAACACCGGAAAAAGCCGAAUGUCGAUCCCAUCAACGACUACAACUUCAGCUACAUCCACGAUUGCAAGGAUUUCUGCAACACCCAAAACGAUUUUCGAAGUCUGAGGAUUGUAUUUCUGGUGAAAUCCUCGGCGGAGCAUUUCCAGAGGCGUGUGGCAAUAAGGAGCACCUGGGGAUUCAAAAAACGAUUUUUCGACGUGCCAACGAGAACUAUUUUCUUGCUGGGACUUCACAAAGGGGAUGACGAGCUCCAGAAGAAGAUUGACGAGGAGGCGGAAACGUAUAAAGACAUUUUGCAGGCGAAUUUCAUUGAUUCCUAUUAUAAUAACACAAUUAAAACGAUGAUUGGAUUCAAAUGGGCGUACAAUCACUGCAGGAACUCCAAGUUUUAUUUCUUUGUGGACGACGAUAUCUACGUGUCUGUGAAGAAUGUUCUGAGGUUCAUCAGAAAUCCUGCGUAUUACCCGGAGUAUCUGAAGGAUCCGAAUAGAUUAGUUAAGAGGGAAGUUGAGGAGGUGCCAAAGGAUUUAGUGAGGAAUCCGAGGGCUAAUGCUCGGGAGAAGAUUCUUAUGAGACGAAGGGAGGGCUGGACGAGGCACAACAAGACCAGAAUGCCUAGUGGUGAUGGAUUAAAGGGAGUUGAUGAUUUGGAGGAUAAAUUCAAUAAUUCGACGGUAUAUAAGAAGCUGACAAGGGGACGUCGUCAAGUUUUCGAUUUUGAACUGCCUGAUGACGUUAAACUGUUCGCUGGGUAUGUCUUUGUAUCAUCUCCACACAGACACAAGACCUCCAAGUGGUAUGUCUCCCUCGAGGAAUAUCCAUUCCAUUUGUGGCCACCGUAUGUUACUGCUGGGGCUUAUGUACUCUCCAAGGCUGCCAUGAUCGAGAUGUAUCUCACUAGUUUGUAUACCCAGCACUUCAGGUUUGAUGAUAUCUUCCUGGGACUUGUUGCCAAAAAAGCUGACAUCGAGCCCUUCCACUGUGAUGAGUUCCAUUUUUAUAAGAAGGAUUACACUAAAUUUAAUUAUAAGUACGUUAUUUCUUCUCAUGGGUAUGGGAACCCUGAGGAGCUCAUGGAGAUAUGGAAUGAGCAGAAGGGCAUGGGAAAUGCUUGAGGGAAAUUCAUCCUGGGGCCAGGAGUUGAUGAAAACGAGUUGGUGUUGAUUUUCUGGGAGAUUUCGAGGAAUAUCUUUGGAUCCAGAAGAGAUACAAAAUUUUUUGCCCUAUCUUUUUUGCAGCUCUCAUUUUAUUCUACAAAAAUGGUCUUGGGGAAAAUUUCGAUUUCUCGAUUGAAUUCAGAGAUAUUCCUCGAAAUCUUGACUAGGAAAUGAGUCAACUUGUUGUCUUUUAACUCUUUGUUAUUGAGACUCUGUUGCAUUAUUUUUCUUUUAUUUUUUUUUAAGGAUAUGUAGUGUAGAAGGAACACAGAUAAUUUUGAAUAAUUAUUUGCAAUGCAACUGGGCCUCAAUUAAGUUAUUAUUUCAGCUGAUGGUUGUGCAAGUAAACUUCUUCCAUAGAAUUAAAAAAUGACAAAGGGAAGUUGGUCUUGAAUUUUUUUGUGAUCGCCUUAUUUAUGCAAUCAUUGUCUGCACGGUAUAAUCUUUAUAUAUAAAUUAGUGUGAAAUAUUUUUGCGGAGUAACGAGCAAUUUAUAAAUGUCAAGUUUAAUUAUACAGUAAAAUUUAUUCAUCCGUUAUGGUAUUAUUCUCCUAUUAUGGCAGUGCUGAUUCAUCUGACACCAGACUUUGUUAUAAUUAAUCAGUAUAAAAUUGUUGUUAGAUAUAUUAUUCUUAGAGGAUUGAAAAGAAAAUUCUGUACUCUUAGAACCAAUAAUCAUUCAGCAGGUCGAGGUAAUUAUUUAUAAAAAUAUGUCUAGUGAUAUUUACAAGUUUGUACUGGAUUGAAUCUCCAAUCAGUCGAGGCAGUCUCUACUGCUGUGAUCAAUAUUUUAAUAAAUAAUUUUCUAGAAUACGA